CAUUGUUCGUGAAAAGCAGAAAACUUUUAUCAGACUCUACAACAAGUACAAAGAAAAAAAAAAGAUUCUUACUAAGUCUGUUCUAUACUUAUAAUUGAAGAAAAUUGCUAAAACGUUUUCCGCAUUGAGAAAAAAUAUUGCAGUUGCGCAAAAGUUUGAUAGAAAAAAAAUAAAUUGCAAGAGAAAUUUUGUAGAAGAGUUGCGGGGUAUUGAUCAGUAGCAAUAAAUAAAACAAAAGUACUUUUGUUUUCUUCAGAGAAUUACAGUGAUGAGGAAAUCACCGAUAAUAUCACACCGUUCGACUCUCGACUGUUCAUUGCGCUUAGCAAAUUUUUUUGGAUUGUAUGACGUCGACAAUAAAUCACCAGUCAAGUACAUCGUAUUCAGUAUAUUCCGGAUGUUUAAUUGGAUUGUCGUGUCUCAGAUGCUGGUUGCUAAUAUUGCAGAUUUCUUCGUUAACAUUGACGAUCUUCUUGAAGUGUCGUAUAAUCUAGGCUUUAUAUUUGCAUUAAUAACGACGAAUUUUAAAGUUGCAGCUAUUUACUAUCAACGAACUAGAUUUCAAAAGCUUAUUGAUGAUAUUCAUCAACCGAUUUCGUUGUUGAAGUAUUCUUCAGACCUCGGCGUAUUGACAAUAAUCCGCACAGGACUAGUAUUUCAAAAAUGCGAUUACGGCUUCUAUUUAUUCUCAGCACUCACGGCCGCCGCUACCAAUAUCCUUCCAAUGAAACUAGUCCUGAAAACACGUCAACUUCCCCUUCGGGGAGUAUACCCAUUCAACGGAACAGUGUAUCCAAACUUCGAAAUAAUCUAUGGCGUCCAAAAUUACGCAUUGCUAGUCGCCUGUGUGUGGGUCCUCAUGUUCGACACUACACUGCUAGGGUUCAUCCGCUGGAUCAACGUGCAAUUAGUAAUUCUUCAAGCGAAUUUCCGGUAUUGCGAUGACAUUACCGUCGGGCGAGCCAAUUUCUCUAUGUCAGACCGGAACUACCAGAUCAUCAAGGGCUUCAGCUUCUUCGGAGUCCCGGAGGAGCAAGAAGAGAUCAGGUCCUUUAUUCCGUUCACUGAAGAAGAGGUCAACGUUGAGAACGAUUCGUUCGUGAUAAGAUUCCGGUCUUGCGUGACGCACCAUCGCCGGCUGAUCAGUCAUCUCAAUGAAUUCAAUGAUCUGUUUCAUGUCGUGUUGUUUGGACAAAUAUUGACCAGCUGUACCAUGACCUGCGUUGGAAUGUUUCAACUAGUUUUGGCGUUGGAGAAAAGGAGAAAUACUGCAAGAGCUGUUACAGUGCUUACACUAGGUUUUAUUCGCUUGCUUUACUGGUGCGUUUAUGGUGAGCGGGUUAUUAUUGAGAAUGACAAAUUAUCAGUUAGUAUCUAUCACAGCGGAUGGGAAAAUAACAUUUCUGAAGAAACAAAAGGACUAAUAUUAAACGAAUUAAUCCGAGCAUUAAUGCCUAUAAAAAUGAAAGCGGGUGCUUUUUUUAUUUUUUCCAUGAAAACUUAUCUUUCGAUUAUCCGAACAUCUUACUCGUACUUCGCAAUACUCAGCACAACGACAUCUAGCGAUGACUAACUCUUGUUACUUCUUUCCUCAAUGUUACUUCUCCGGCGGCUUAGUAGAUGGCGCAAUCAGUAAUAUCUAAACUUUAACCUAGGAGAUAGACAAUGCUUGAAUUAAUUUUUUUUAAU